UUCUAAAAGCCUUGAAAAUGUCAACACUCAACAGAAACAAUUAGAUGAAAUGCUUUUAAAUAAUAAUAUCUCUCUUGAAAAAUCUGGAAUAGAUUUUGCUCGUGAAAAAUUUAUAGCUCUUGAACAAGAGGCAACUACUAUGGCUGAGACAUUAGUUUCAUUGGCAAGAAAUUAUGAUCAAGUUUCAUCUGCAUUGAAAGCAUGUAAAUCGCAUGCUGAUGAUAGCUUAAAUCUCGAUAUUUCGGUUCUUGAAAAUGACACUGGCCUACUUCCAUCAAUCAUCCAAGUAUUGCAGGACGGACUUCAAUAUAUUGAAUCAUUAAGUGAAGAAGUGCGCGUUAUAAAUCAUAUUUAUCGUGCAUCGUAUGACGAAGCAAAUAAAUUAUUUUCUGAGUUGGAUGGUUUUGGAAGUAGUUUUGAGAAUAUUUCAAACACAAUCAAAGAACUUGAAGCCGACUUUGAAAAAGGUUCUGUAAUAGUGGAUCGUUUACUAGAUGAAUUAUUAAAUCUUAACAUGUGGUAUGAAGAAUUUUCCAGGGCGUAUGAUCACAUGAUAGUGGAAAUUGACCGACGCCAUAAAGUUAAAGAACAACAUGAAAAAUUGAUAGAAGAUUAUUCAAUCAAAUUAGAAGGAUUAUACCUUGAGGAAACUCAACAAAGAGAGUUAUUCUUUCAAAACCAUGGAAGAUAUCUUCCAUCAGAUUUAUGUCCACCAAUUCAGGAACCUCCCAUUAGGUAUGAGAUUUUCACUCAAGAUGACACAAAAUUACCUAUAUUAUCCUAUAGAGCAUUAUCAGAG